UUUCUCACCUAAAUCCCAAAGCUGAAAAAGUAUAUAUAUAAUAGGCAAUUGCGUCUCUCCGGCAGAAUUAUUAUACUAUUUUUUAAAUCACAUAGAUUUCGAUCGGUAACUGAGUUGAUUCAAUGGCAGAGAAGUCGUUCAAGUACGUGAUCGUCGGUGGCGGCGUUUCUGCUGGAUAUGCUGCUCGAGAAUUCGUCAAGCAGGGCGUCCAACCUGGUGAACUGGCUAUCAUUUCCAAAGAGGCGGUAUGCACCUAUGAACGUCCAGCACUUAGCGAGGCAUACCUGUCUCCUGAGGGAACUGCAAGGCUCCCAGGUUUCCAUGUGUGUGUUGGAAGUGGAGGAGAGAGGCUCCUUCCUGAGUGGUAUACAGAGAAAGGAAUAUCUUUGAUUCUCAGCACUGAAAUAGUCAAGGCAGAUCUUCCUACAAAGACACUUAUCAGUGCUGCUGGUGAUACCUUCACGUACCAGAUAUUGAUUAUUGCAACUGGUUCUGCUGUUAUUCAAUUGACAGACUUUGGUGUGAAAGGUGCUGAUGCCAAAAACAUCUUUUAUUUGAGAGAAAUUGAUGAUGCCGAUAAACUUGUUGAAGUAAUUAAAGCAAAGUCGAAUGGAAAGGCUGUAAUUGUUGGUGGAGGAUACAUAGGUCUGGAACUUAGUGCAGCUUUGAGGGUCAAUAAUAUUGAUGUCAAGAUGGUGUACCCUGAGCCUUGGUGCAUGCCUAGGCUAUUCACUGCUGGCAUAGCUGCCUUCUAUGAAAGUUACUAUACAAACAAGGGCGUCGAUAUCAUCAAGGGCACUGUAGCUGUCGGAUUUGGUACAAACGAAAAUGGGGAGGUUACCAAUGUAAACCUUAAGGAUGGCAGGGUGCUAGAAGCAGAUAUUGUUGUUGUUGGUGUAGGUGGAAGGCCCCUCACAACUUUAUUCAAGGGCCAAGUUGAAGAGGAAAAGGGUGGAAUUAAGACUGAUGCAUUCUUCAAGACAAGUCUUCCCGAUGUGUAUGCUGUCGGUGAUGUUGCUACAUUCCCUUUGAAAUUGUUCAAUGAAGUAAGAAGAGUCGAACAUGUUGACCACGCACGCAAAUCUGCUGAACAGGCUGUUAAGGCGAUUUUCGCCAGUGAAAAAGGAACAUCAAUUGAAGAAUAUGACUACCUCCCGUACUUCUAUUCCCGAGCAUUUGACCUGUCAUGGCAGUUCUACGGUGACAACGUAGGUGACUCUGUUCUAUUUGGUGACAGCAGCCCAACUUCCGCUACUCACAAGUUUGGAUCUUAUUGGAUCAAAGACGGUAAAGUUGUUGGUGUAUUUUUGGAGAGCGGCACUCCAGAAGAAAACAAAGCGAUUGCUAAAGUUGCGAGGGUCCAGCCUCCGGUUGACAGCUUGGAAAGCCUAGCUGCAGAGGGUCUUGCCUUCGCUAGCAAAAUUUAAAAUAAUUAUUUUUCUUGAUAUAUAUAUAUUUAAAUUUCAGAUUUUUUUUCUUUUCUCCAGAUUUGUGUGAAGUACCUACCCCCUUAUGUUGAGACAUGAGUCAUUGUGUUGUUUUUUCUUGGUAAUAAACUGUUGUGUUUAGACGAUGACUCCGUAUUGGCAUUGUGUUUGUUUUAUGUAAUGAAACGUGUCGCCCGUUGUUGAAAAUGGUAUGUGGCUUAAUUCGAGAUCCUUCGGUUUCUAGCAUUGUUGA